AGAAGAAUCCAUUGUUUGGAUAAACAAGACAAUCUACCAAACAGGGAGUUUAGUACAGAAUGGAUAGCAGAGAGAUGGAAAGCAGGUCAGAUGAAGAAUAUAAUUCUGCUGAGGAGGAGGAGGAUGUGGAUCCCCGGGUUCAGGGUGAGCUGGAGAAGCUGAACCAGGCCACAGAUGACAUCAACAGAUGUGAGACAGAGUUGGAGGAUUCAAGGCAGAGGUUCCGGUCUGUGCUGGUUGAGGCCACGGUAAAACUGGAUGAGUUGCUAAAGAAGAUUGGCAAGGCAGUGGAGGACUCCAAACCAUACUGGGAGGCAAGACGUGUGGCACGGCAGGCCCAGUUGGAGGCACAAAGGGCCACACAGGAUUUCCAGAGGGCUACUGAGAUGCUGCGUGCUGCCAAAGAGACCAUCGCUCUGGCCGAGCAGAGACUUCUAGAGGAAGACAAACGGCACUUCGACUCAGCCUGGCAGGAGAUGCUUAACCAUGCCACCCAAAGAGUGAUGGAAGCGGAGCGGACAAAAAGCCGCAGUGAGCUGCUACAUAAAGAGACAGCAGCCAGAUACACUGCAGCCAUGAGCCGCAUGAAGCAACUGGAAAAGAAGCUCAAACGCACCAUUAGCAAGUCCAAGCCUUACUUUGAAAUGAAGGCAAAGUACUACUUACAGCUUGAGCAACUGAAAACAAAUGUGGAUGACCUGCAGGUUAAACUCACUCAUGCUAAAGGGGAAUAUAAGACAGCUUUGAAAAACCUAGAGAUGAUCUCAGAUGAGAUCCACGAGCGACGGCGUUCCUCAGUCAUUGGACUGCGGGAGAGAGGAGUAGGGGCAGAUGGUGACAAGGCCACUGGAGAGAUCAACAACUUCAAAAUGGAGUUUGAUGGCAUAUCCAUGGUGUCAGUGUCAUUUGAGGACGAAAAUUGCAGCAGCGCCAUGUCAGAAGAGGAUUCAGAGACCCAGUCCACCUGCAGCAUGAGCUCUGAAGGCAACAGCCUGCUGCAACUGAACUGCACAUUCUCCUCUUCGUCCUCGUGCUCAUUAUCUUCCUCAUCCUCCUCCUCAUCUCCCUCUCCCUCGUCUCGGCCCUGCAGUCUGGAACUGCCCAGCGUGGUGUCUCUGUCUGAUUUCAGCAUGAUCUCUCCUGUCCUCGGUCCUCGCAGUGAGUGCAGUGGAGCUUCAUCCCCUGAGUGUGAUCUAGUGAGAGGUGACAGAGCGGAUGGAGCAGAGGACAAGCUGGACAACACUCUCAAUAACAGCAACAUUCGCAGCAUAAAAAGCCGCUUCCAUUUGAUAUCUCUUAAUCGUCUACAUAUAGACAAUGGCAAGAGCACUGAGCGUGGCCCCUUUAGUAUAAACUAAAGCUCUACCAGCACUGUUACA